UCAAUGGACGGAUAUUAUUUGGAGCUGGAAUUAGUUAGACUUCGUUCGAUCAAAAUGUCGGAAGGGACCUUUUCCCCCCGAAUAAGAUAUGUGAGUGCCAAUCAGUGAGUUGAGAAUUAACAUUACGUGAGAGAUUUCAACAGAAGCGUAUAAUUUCUCAACGUGAGAAAGUACGAAUAAUUUGGGAACGAGAAACCGUAGGCAGUCAAUAUGGAAUGUCAGAAGCACCGCGACUCCAAGGUGGUAAUGAUCUGUACUACGUGUAAUAAUGUGUUCGUGUGUCUGGAGUGUGCCACUAACGAUCACAAAGGGCACACAUUUGGAAAGUUUGACGAGGUUGGGAAAGACAUUCGAAAAAAGUGCUCGAAUUUCACCAAUGUCAUACGAGAAUUACGUUCUGAUUUGCAAAGUAUUAUCUACGCGAAGAAAGAUCAAUUAAGGUGUGCGAGAACCGCCGCUACUAAGAUAAAGCAACAAAGAGAUGCCAUGCACAAAGCCAUAGACGAAAUAUCUGUUUAUGUGAUGAACAUAUGCGAGAAGCAAAAGCUAAGAAACCUAGCCCUACUUAAAGAACACGAAUCGGCUGUAUCUGAACAGUUAGUUCAAGUUGAAGCCGAAGACGAAAAACUGAAACGAAUUGUGACUUCCAAAAACGAUAUUGAUCUUAUACGUGGCUCUCAGAAUCUGAAAUCGUCCUACACGCGACGGAAAUCUCGGCACAUUCCAAAGCCUCUUGAGUUCUACACAGGGACAAUGGACGCCAGUGUUUUGCAACAGAUGCUGGGCUCUCUGGUAACCGAUCCGGUAGACACUCUAAUCGUCCCAUGGCACGACAUUCCUGCAUCGGUGCGAACACACGAAAAUGACGACAUGUCUACAGUCCAUUCAAAGUUUCCACCUAUAGAACAAAACGGAGUUCAUCACGAAAAUGACAGAACUCCAAGUUCUCCCGUUUCCACUAUUUCAAUCAACAAAAAGAAAGCAAUCGCGGUGUUAUCCACCUUCAAGCAUUCUGCCAGUAUGGGGAUCAGCUCUGUAUGUACUGCUAAUCCUGGUCAUGCAUGGGUGAAAUGUGCAGGCCAGAACGAGAUCCGGUUGACCGACAAAGCCGGUUACAUCAAACGUAUUCUCCGUUUUGGAACUUUGAUUCGUGGACUAGCCGUCACUGCCGAUAUGAGGAUUCUCGUCUGCUGCUUCGAUGCACGCUGUGUGAAGAAGCUUUCACCUCCAAGUUACAAAGCGACUGCCACCUACAGCACAGGGAAUCUGAAACCGAACUACGUUUGUUCAACGCUCAAAGGGGACUUCCUGCUCACCCUUGUAGAUAGAAUGCACCACGACGUCUCCCAUGAAAGCCAGCGAAUACUCGCCCGAUACACGGAGUCAGGCAAAGAGGUCGCUCGCGCUCAAUUCGAUAAGUUCGGCGACAACCUCUUUGUUUUGCCUGGUCAGGUCAGACUAACAACCAAUGGUAACGUAGUCGCCGUUGUAAAUGAAACUAGUGAAGAAUCCGCGCAUCUUGUUCUUUUGGAUGGCAGCUUUAAGCUAAAAUUAUGUUUCUUUGGUGAUGGCCGUUCUAUUCCCGGGGAAAAGAAACAUAGUUUACAUAGACGCCAAAAGAAAUUUUACAUCAAUGAUAUUGACUUUGACUCUUUUGAUAACAUCGUGUUCGCCGAGUCCCACACCAGAACUGUCCAAAUUCUUGACCCCUCUUGCCAGCUGCUGCAGGUUAUUCUUCAGGAAAUCCACAUACCCUGGUCUGUCGCUGUGAGUGAGUUGGGUGAUAUAUGGGUUGGUCUGGAUGACGGGAGAGUAAAAGUACUAAAGUAGCAAGCAAGGUGUCACUCAUGCGGUAUCGAACAUAGUUAUUCUUAAGUAACAAUGGAAAAGAUACAAGAGAAUAGUUGGAUCGGACUCGCCUACCUCAAUGUAAGACAGUCGCUGUUACAGGAAAGUCAGUUUCGUUAUGUGUUUGGAUUAACAACGGUGUCUUGUGAAAAGUAAAGUGUAAUUUUGGUAUAUAUACUGUGUUAGUGUGAAGAGAAGAAGCGAUAUAUUGCUACCUAGGUAUAGAUGACAAGGCAGAAACAAAAGAGGUGUUUGCUGAAUCGUUCUUGAUUCUGAAUUGACAAACUCAGCCCAUGGCGUUUGGAAGAUGUGAUGGCAAAUUAGUAGGCAAUGCCGUAGUAAUUUUGUGAAUUCAGAAUAUUUAAGUCUUAAGCAAUUUUCAACAUAGUCUUGUAAUUAGAAUUGACCCCAGGGUCUGCCCCACCCUUGCAGACUUAA